AUGGCCUACGAACCUACUGCUUCCGAGCUUGCUCGUCAUACUUUUGAUUUUGACGCGGACACCCUCGAUAGGGAGCUGGCAACCUUCCUUCAGAGGUUUUACACGCUUUCCGACGACAAGGUUCACGCUGAUAGCUGGGCCGCCUGCUUCUCCGACGAUUCGCGGAUGAAACGGAAGAUGGACGACGUGGUCGGUCGACAGAACAUAUUGAAUGUAAACCUAGAGUCCUGGAAAGGGCAGGCGGAACGCUUGCACAUUGUAUACAAGGUGUUCCCGUUUAGUGCAGGCAAGCCUGACGAGAUCAUGCUAUAUGGAAAGAGCGAAUACGACUACGAAGAUGGAACCACUGGUGAGAUGCCAUGGUCUGCUCGGUUGCACUUCAAGCGGUCCGACAGCGGCAUUGCCAUUGAUUUCUAUCAAGUCUACUCCGGUCAACUCCAGAAGCCAAAAGGUUCCUCAUAA